GGCUCCGUAGUAAUCAUGGCGGCGGCGGCGUUCGCGGUCCCUCGGGUGAAACAGAAAGCGGGAGCUACGCGGAGAGGGAGCGAAGAGCGGGGCUGAGGCGGCGGCGCCGUCACUGCCGGGAAACACCUCCCCCUCACACACCCCCCUCCACAACAGUCAGCGCAGCGGCGGCCGCGGGAGCCCCGGCCCACCGCCCGGUGAGCAGAGGACGAGCCGGAGCCUCGUAGGAGAGACGCCCGGGGGGGGGGAUCCGCCUUCCUUCGCUUCGGAGCGGCGGGAUUCGGAGAGUUGGAGGGCUUUCCGGUAUAUUGAUGCCUUAUUGAUAAUGGCAGAACACCCGCCUUUGCUAGACACAGCUCAGAUUUUAAGUAGUGACAUCUCUCUUCUGUCUGCCCCUAUUGUAAGUGCAGAUGGAACACAACAGGUUAUUCUGGUACAAGUUAAUCCAGGGGAAGCAUUUACAAUAAGAAGAGAAGAUGGACAGUUUCAGUGCAUUACAGGUCCUGCUCAGGUUCCAAUGAUGUCCCCAAAUGGUUCCGUGCCUCCUAUUUAUGUGCCUCCUGGAUAUGCCCCACAGGUUAUUGAAGACAAUGGUGUUCGGAGAGUCGUUGUGGUUCCACAAUCACCAGAAUUUCAUCCUGGUGGCCACACAGUUAUCCACCGCUCCCCACAUCCUCCUCUGCCUGGUUUCAUUCCUGUCCCAACCAUGAUGCCCCCUCCACCACGCCAUAUGUACUCACCAGUGACUGGAGCUGGCGACAUGGCAACACAGUAUAUGCCACAGUAUCAGUCUUCACAAGUAUAUGCAGAUGUAGAUGCCCAUUCUACACACGGCAGGUCCAACUUCAGAGAUGAAAGAUCUAGUAAAACAUAUGAACGCUUGCAGAAAAAAUUAAAGGAUCGCCAAGGAACACAGAAAGAUAAAAUGAGCAGUCCCCCACCAUCACCGCAGAAAUGCCCUUCUCCCAUAAGUGAACACAAUGGACUCAUAAAAGGGCAGAACGCCAGUGGUGCAAACACAGGAUCUGCAAGAAACAGAUCAGGGCGCGGGAGAGGCUGUACACAAGUUGACCCGGAAAUAGAAGAAAAAGAUGAAGAAACUAAAGCAUUUGAAGCAUUUCUUUCCAACAUUGUCAAACCAGUGGCUUCAGACAUUCAGGCGAGAACUGUCCUGCUCACCUGGUCACCACCAUCCAGCUUCAUUAACGGUGAAGUGAAUGAGACAGCUGUACCAGAGCUCUUUAAUUAUGAAGUCCUGGUGUCCAGCACUGGGAAGGAAGGGAAAUACAGAAGUGUUUAUGUAGGAGAUGAAACAAGUGUCACUUUAAAUGAUCUCAAACCAGCCACAGAUUACCAUGCAAAAGUGCAGGCAGAGUCCAAUUCAAUCAAGGGAAUUCCUUCAGAAGCGGAGAGCUUUACGACCUUAAGCUGUGAGCCUGAUCCCCCCAAUGCACCAAGGAUAGCCAACCGGACCAAAAAUUCACUCACCUUGCAGUGGAAGGCACCUAGUGACAAUGGUUCUAAAAUCCAAAGUUUUAUUUUAGAAUGGGAUGAAGGGAAAGGAAAUGGAGAAUUCUGUCAGUGUUAUGUGGGCUCACAGAAGCAAUUUAAAAUUACCAAACUGUCACCAGCAAUGGGUUGUAAAUUUAGAUUAUCAGCCAAAAAUGACUAUGGUGUAAGUGAUUUUAGUGAAGAGGUCCUGUACUACACCUCAGGCUGUGCCCCUUCUGUACCCGCAAGUCCUAUGCUGACCAAAGCUGGAGUUACUUGGCUGUCCCUACAGUGGACUAAGCCCUCAGGAACACCAUCAGAUGAAGGGAUUUCUUACAUUUUAGAGAUGGAAGAGGAAACAUCAGGCUAUGGCUUUAAGCCAAAAUAUGAUGGAGAAGAUCUUGCUUACACAGUGAAAAAUCUGAGGCGAAGUACAAAGUAUAAAUUUAAGGUCAUUGCUUAUAACUCAGAAGGUAAAAGCAAUCCUAGCGAAGUCGUGGAAUUCAGUACCUGCCCUGAUAAACCAGGAGUACCUGUGAAGCCUUCAGUUAAAGGGAAGAUACACUCACACGGUUUUAAAAUUACUUGGGAUCCACCAAAAGACAAUGGAGGGGCACCCAUCAAUAAGUACGUGGUGGAGAUGGCAGAAGGUUCUAACGGAAACAAAUGGGAUAUGAUCUACAGUGGCGCUACCAGGGAACAUCUUUGUGACCGGCUGACUCCAGGCUGCUCCUACCGCUUACGGGUUUACUGCAUUAGUGACGGAGGGCAGAGUGCGGUCUCUGAAUCUUUACUUGUACAGACUCCAGCUGUGCCUCCUGGCCCAUGUCUCCCUCCCAGGUUACAGGGUAGACCCAAAGCAAAAGAAAUACAGUUACGAUGGGGACCUCCUCAGGUUGAUGGUGGAUCACCCAUUUCCUGUUAUGCAGUAGAAAUGACUCCUGCAGAUAAAGAUGAGCCCAGAGAUGUUUACCAAGGCUCUGAAGUGGAGUGUACAGUGAGCAGCCUUCUUCCUGGAAAGACGUACAGCUUCAGACUUCGUGCAGCAAACAGAAUAGGGUUUGGACCAUUUUCGGAAAAAUACGAUAUCACUACAGCUCCUGGGCCACCAGACCAAUGCAGACCCCCUCAAGUGACAUGCAGAUCUGCAACUUGUGCACAAGUGAAUUGGGAGAUUCCUUUGAGUAACGGAACUGACGUCACUGAGUACCGGCUGGAAUGGGGAGGAGUUGAAGGAAGUAUGCAGAUGUGUUACUGUGGGCCUGGCCUCAGUUGUGAAUUAAAAGGACUUUCACCAGCUACUACCUAUUACUGCAGAGUCCAGGCUAUGAGUGUUGUAGGUGCAGGUCCUUUCAGCGAAGUUGUUGCCUGUGUGACUCCACCAUCAGUUCCUGCCACUGUGACUUGUCUUCAAGAAAUCAGUGAUGAUGAUAUAGAAUACCCCCAUUACUCACCCUCUACCUGCCUUGCAAUUAGCUGGGAAGAGCCUUAUGACCAUGGCUCAGAAAUCCUUGCCUACAGCAUAGACCUCGGAGAUAAGCAGCCUUUGACAGUGGGAAAGAUGACAAGCUAUAUCAUAGACAGUUUGCAACCAGAUACAACAUACAGAAUACGAAUUCAAGCCUUGAAUAGCCUUGGAGCUGGGCCUUUCAGCCACACAAUUAAAUUAAAAACUAAGCCCCUUCCUCCUGAUCCACCUCGACUGGAAUGUGUUGCCUUUAACCACCAGAACCUUAAGCUUAAAUGGGGAGAAGGAACUCCAAAGAUGUUAUCCACAGAUGCUGUUCAGUACCACCUUCAGAUGGAAGAUAAGAAUGGAAGGUUUGUCUCCCUGUACAGAGGGCCUUGUCAUACAUACAAAGUACAAAGGCUCAGUGAGUCCACGUCCUACAAGUUCUGCAUUCAAGCUUGUAAUGAAGCUGGGGAAGGUCCUCUCUCCCAAGAGUAUGUUUUCACCACUCCAAAAUCUGUCCCAGCUGCCUUGAAAGCCCCCAAAAUAGAGAAAAUAAAUGAUCACAUUUGUGAAAUUACAUGGGAAUAUUUACAGCCAAUGAAGGGUGACCCAGUUAUUUAUAAUCUUCAAGUUAUGGUGGGAAAAGAUUCAGAAUUCAAACAGAUUUACAAGGGCCCUGAUACUUCAUUCCGGUAUUCCAGCCUUCAGCUGAAUUGUGAGUAUCGAUUUCGAGUGUGUGCCAUUCGCCAAUGCCAAGACCCUACAGGGCAUCAGGACCUGGUAGGUCCCUACAGCACCACAGUGUUCUUCAUCUCCCAGAGGACAGAGCCGCCAGCCAGCAGCAACAGAGACAAUGUGGACAGUGCCCGGACCCGGCGUACUCUAAGUGACGAGCAGUGUGCCGCAGUCAUCCUGGUGUUGUUUGCUUUUUUCUCCAUUCUGAUUGCCUUUAUCAUUCAGUACUUUGUAAUCAAGUGAAAAUAUAACUUUAUUUUUAACACUGUAUUACAUUUUAUUUUGUCAUGUACUAAAAUUAUUUCUGUAUUGCUUUUACAAAAUGGUGGCAUUUAGCACUGGCAUUGAGACUAUCUAUUGAAACAUGGCUUUGGCAUUUCAGUGCUUCUGUUGUUAGGCAAAGGCUGGCUCUUCAUGGGAAUCCAGCACAGAAACAUCAAUCUGGGGAGGGCUGAUUAUUUUGUUCUUGGGUUGGGACUUUUUUCCCUGCUUUUUUUUUUUUUUUCUCUCUCUCUCUCUCUCCCCUACACACCUCCCCCAAGCCCCAGAUAUGCCUUCUAGGAAAACAAGCUUUCUAAAGGACACUGCUUAUGAUUGUUUUGACCACUCAGCAUAAGGAAAACAGUGGCAACCACGGCUGUGUGUUUCGAAGAUGACUGCCAUGUGAAAGAAAAUUUCAGAAUGACUAGAAUUUACACUAACGUUCUCUACGAAACUUGUUCAAGUCUGAUGCUGUGAAAGCAAUCUAGUGCUAUAUUUCUACCUCCUCAUUUGUCUUAAUUGUUUGGUAAGUGGGAUUUUGAUGAAUAACUGGAGGGCUUAGCAAACAAAAACUGGAUGAAGGAAUCUGAGUGAAAAAGAAGCUGUUUGUUGAGUGUGGAGUUCUUCCUUACACACAAACACACGCACACUCUCUCUCUCACACACACAUACACAAACAUAUACACACGAACUCACAAGUGAGCCCAAGAAUGCACAGACCCAGAAAUAUGGACCUUUACUUGAACAGUACCUCUUUUUGGGAUUUGAGAAUAGAAGACUUAAAUAAUAACUAAAUAUGAAGCCCGUUUAGCUUCUGUUUUCUGGGCCUUGAAACUGUGUGUGUGUGUGUGUGUGUGUGUGUGUGUGUGUGUGUGUGUGUGUGUGUGUGUGUGUGUGUGUGCGCGCGUGCGCGCGCGCGCACACAUGCACAUUGGGUCUGUGUGCAGACUGUCAGGUAAGGAGAUGUGUCCAUACUCAGCACCUGGUCUAGGCUAGCUUUGAAGGACUCCCAGUGGUUCUGCAGCAUCUCCUAUAACUACUGCUGUUGCCGUCAGAAUUUCUAAUCAAACUCAACCUUUUUGUUUGGGGUACCAAAUCUGAAGACAAAAUUAAUUUGCACCAGUAAACUUCAAGCUGCUUUCUUUCUUGAAACUAAUGUUUAAUGUAUAAUGUCUGUUUGGAUACUGUUCCAAAUUGUUGAUUGCAUGUGGGUACCGUUGCAUUAGAGCACUUUGCAAAUUGCAUAGUUCAUUAACGUUUGUGAGCUUGCAUUUGUGAGUUACUGGAUGAUCAGAUUGAAUUGUGUCAUAUCACAUUGUACAUCUCGCCUCGAUGUCAAUGACUGCCAGUAAUAAUACAGUCUGCAAUGAAUUUAUAUGAAAUUUUUGUUUUAUCACAUGUUAUCUGUAGACAUCUGUAACUAGCUUCUUUAAUUUAUUAUUUGGAUUUUAGAGUAGCAAGUCACUAAUUUUUAGUUGCUGAGGUCUGCAUUUUAGUGAUUACUAAGCACUUCUGUCUGUCAAAAAGAAAUGUAUGUUUUGUACUUUGAAGAUCUCUGAAGAAUUUCCCUUAUAAUAGAAUGGGCAUGUAUUGUAAUUGUUUUAUGUCAAUGAUCUGCGCUAUAGAAAAAAACAUUAACCUUUAUUCAAAAAAGAAACGGAUAAACUUGGCCUCUCCAAGUGUAAGAAAACCCUGUCACUCUAAUAUACUGUAUGUUUACAUUUUAUUUAAUCUCUUAUGAAUAGGGUGAUAACUUGUCCCCAAACAACUGCGAUUACGAUUGUUUUCUAGAACUUCUUAAAAGUGCCACAUUUGGCAGUACAAAUGAGUCUGAGUGUAAGAGCCCAGAGAUUUCUAUAUAGUUGAAUGUCUAAAAUGGUAAAAUGUGCCACACAGUGGCUUAUGUUUUUCAUAGUAAUUCAAAUGAACUCCUAUUUUUGAUAGUAAAUGUCAUUUAAUAGUGUACUUGCCAUUUGAGCCUCACUGCAAUGUUAGUGCAGAGGAGAAAACAAUUUUUAAUGUAAUCUUGAUUUUACCUCAUAUACUGUACAUUCCAAAAACUCAACUUUUUAAAGAUUAUAGAUACACUACCAAACAUACCACCUUAAAAUUGUAUAAGGUUGAACUUCAUACAAGUGAAAAAGUAUAAUCUCAUAAGAAUACAUAAACUAUGUAGCAAAAGUAUCUGUAAAAUCCAUGGAAAAUAAAAGUUGUAUCAUUCUUUUUUGA